AAAAUUUUUUAUGUUUUCUGUCAAAAUAAUCUGAUAAAAUGGCAAAAAGUAAAUAUGAAUAUGUAAAAAAGUUCGAGCAGAACGAUCAGUGCCUUAUGAACUGCUGGAUCGUUAUUCGAAUAGAUGGAAGAAAUUUUCACAGAUUUUCCGAUGGCCACAGCUUUGAGAAACCAAACGAUCGAAGAGCACUGCAGCUUAUGAAUAAAUGUGCCGAGACUGUGAUGAAGGAAUUCACUGACAUUGUGAUUGCAUAUGGACAGAGUGAUGAAUACAGUUUGGUUUUUAAAAGGAGCACAACACAGUUCAGCAGAAGAGCAAGCAAGCUGGUUACGAAUGUUGUUACUCUGUUCUCUUCAUCCUAUGUAUUCUAUUGGAAUCAAUUUUUUCCUACCCAAGAACUGCUUUAUCCACCCAUGUUUGAUGGACGAGUUGUACUUUAUCCCAGUGAGAAAAACUUAAGAGACUACAUGAGCUGGAGGCAGGCAGAUUGUCACAUUAACAACCUCUACAACACAUGCUUUUGGUGUCUGGUAAAGCAGUCAGGUCUAACAGUAGAGGAGGCAGAGGAGAGACUAAAUGGAACUGUUUCCAGUGACAAGAAUGAGCUUCUCUUCUCUGUAUUCAACAUGAAUUAUAAUAACCUUCCUCAAAUAUACAGAAAAGGAUCAGUUCUGGUCUGGGAAAAGGUUUGUGACAUCAAUGACACAGCUCAAGAAGAAAAUGCUAGAAAACCAAAGAGACAGAUUGUUGUCCACCAUACUGACAUUAUUGGUGAUACAUUUUGGAGUGAACAUCCUGAAAUCCUGGACAGUUAACCACUUUGGUUUUGUGGAAUAUCUUGAUCAAAGGACAUAUUUGUAAUGCUGCCACAACUUCAAGCUAGAUGUAUUAAUUCCCCCUUUUCGCUCCCAAAACAAAAAUAUGAAAUGGUGUUUGGCCAGAAGAAGUUUUAUUGAAAAUAGUACAAGGAUAGAAAUAAUAACAAGCUGAAACAAACACAAUAAAACUAUGAAUCACACUAACUGCUGCAACUAUCAUAAUUGCAUGCGAUCUAAAAUGAGGGAGGGUGGGUGGGGAAAAAGGUAGACAGCAAUCAACACAAACAAAUCAGCAUGGUACAACUAUUGAAUUAACACGAAGCUGAUGAAUGACACCCUAGAAUACAAUCAAUUUAUAGCCAAAAUACUACACUGGCUGAACCUUUGACCUAAGCCAGAUCAACUAUCCAGGGGUAAUUAACUGUUUUAAAUGGAAUAGAAAAUACUCAGAUUAUCCUAACACACAUGAACAUUCUCAUCCACUUAAUGUAACAAAAUUUAAGGACAGUAUUGCUUAAAUAAAUUUUGCUAAGAAACCACAAGCAAGAAGGCAUACAGUUCAGGACAAAACCCUUUACAUGGCUCUGUUUCCAAGUUGUGAUUGGAGCUUUUUGAUUCAUUUUGGUUUUUUUCUGCUAUUAAAUGCCUGCUAAGGCAAUGACUGAUAAAGGUUUUAAAAUGAAACUGCAAUUUUGGCUCUUAACCUCACAGUAUUAAAUGUUACUACUGACAGUAAACUCAGGUUAAAUAUCUUGUACAGAUAAUUAGCUGAAUGGAAUGUUCUGUUAUUGUUCAGUUCUUUGAAUGUUAAUGAGUUAAUACGUAUCAUUAGGGUUGAUGGGAUUAGUGUAGAGAGAUCCAUCAUGGCCAUGUGUUAAUGAGGUUUCUUGUGUUUAUUAAAAUUUGUUAGUUUAUCUUA